AUGAAUUUCACCAACGACAAGGACAUUGGCCAUGUGGCACACGUGGAGGAAGGGCCCAUCGAUGAGCCUGUCAAAUCCAACGAGCUUGCGAAACAGGCAGCUCAAGACGAACACCAAUUGACACUCACCGAUGCCCUGCGCAAGUAUCCCAAGGCGGUGAUGUGGUCGAUCCUACUCUCAACUUCUAUCAUCAUGGAGGGCUAUGACAUCGUCCUCAUGUCUUCCUUCUUUGCCCAACCGGCCUUCUCCCGACGCUAUGGCGAGUACAUCGCCAGCAGCAACAGCUACCAGAUCACCGCGUCCUGGCAGAAUGGUCUCACAAAUGCGGUUUCUGUGGGCACCAUUAUCGGUGCCUUCGCUAAUGGAUACUUCACCCAUCACUUCGGCUACCGCAAGGUGUUACUGGCUAGUUUAGCUGCUAUUACGGUCUUUAUAUUCAUUCCUUUUUUUGCCCCGAACCUGCCCGUCCUUCUGGUCGGUGAAUUUCUCUGUGGUAUUCCAUGGGGAGUUUUUGCGACUAUGGCACCGGCCUAUGCCUCGGAGAUUUGCCCUAUGGCCCUACGCGGCUACCUCACUGUCUAUGUGAACCUAUGCUGGGCUAUUGGUCAGCUUGUUUCUGCUGGAGUGCAGUCUGCGUUCUCUGGGAAUGACACACAGUGGGGAUAUCGUCUCCCUUUUGCCAUUCAGUGGGCGUGGCCUAUUCCACUGUUUUUGGUCUUGUUUUUCGCGCCAGAGUCUCCAUGGUAUUUCGUCAGACGCGCUGAUUAUGACUCCGCUGAAAAAAGCAUGGUCCGUCUUGGCUACUCCAGUGCGAGUGGCGAGGUCAAACAAGCUAUAGCGAUGAUGAUCCACACCGACGAACUGGAGAAACAGAUCGACCAAGGUACAAGCUACUGGGAUUGCUUCCGAGGGAUUGAUCGGCGUCGUACUGAGAUUGUCUGUAUGGUCUUUGCCGCACAGCCGUUCUGUGGCUCUGCCAUGGGUGGUACUCCAACCUACUUCUUCGUGCAAGCUGGCCUGCCGACCUCGAUCUCGUUCAAAAUGUCAGUGGGUGGGCUCGGGCUCGCCUCCGUCGGUACUAUCUGCUCCUGGUAUCUCUUGCACACGUUCGGCCGCCGUACUCUGUAUCUAUGGGGUCUGGCCCUUCUAACUAUCGUCUUGAUGGUGGUUGGUUUUGUAUCGGUUGGUGCUGGGAAUUCCGUGUCGGGGAACUAUGCCCAGGCAACGAUGAUGCUCAUCUGGCUUCUUGUCUACUACCUCACAGUUGGACCUAUAUGCUAUGCGAUCAUUAGUGAGACCUCAUCCACCCGCCUCCGAAGCAAGUCCGUGUGUCUGUCGCGAAUUACAUACUACAUCGCGCAGAUUAUCUGCAACAUCGUCAAUCCUUACAUGCUCAACCCUACUGCAGGAGACUGGAAGGGCAAGACCGGUUUCUUCUGGGCCGGCUGGGCCUUUGUGUUUUUCCUGUGGACAUACUUUCGCCUGCCUGAGACGAAGGGCAAGACAUUCGAGGAGUUGGAUAUCUUAUUUGCUAGGAAGGUCUCAGCUCGGAACUUCGCCAAGUAUAGCGUUGAUGCCUACACCGAGGGCGAUGAGGCUCUUUCCAAAAAAGAGUGA